CUUCUAGGCUUUUUGUUGUUUGGACACACCAGAAGCGCGCAACAAGGUCGUGAUUGUGAGCAGCACACACACACAACCGAGAGAGCAGCAACCCCUCUAGGCCCUUCGAUCUUGUGCGUCGCCUGCCAGCGCGUGCGAUCACAAGGGGCAAUGAAGUUCGGCUUGACGCUCUUCAACAACGCCGUCCCGGAAUGGCGACCCGCGUACGUUGACUAUGAGCGCCUGAAGAAGAAGCUGCAAGAGAUAAGCAACGCGUUCCCAAGGACGGUGCGCAACCUGCAUCCACGCGUCACCACGGAUGUGUCGCCGGACUUCAAGACGGAGGAAGAGGUGGAGGAGGAGGAGAGGCUGGAGGCCAUCAGCAACAGCAAUGAGGAGAAGGCAUUCAUGCUGGCUGUCGACGCUGAGCUCGACAAAGUCAACAAGUUCUUCCUCGAGCAGGAUGACAAGGCCCGCAAGACGUGUGACGACCUGGAGGCACAACUGGCCGCCCUGUAUGUCGCACACCAGACGGGCGGCGAGCACGCAGUGGCAGCCGUUCGCAGCAAAAACGCAAGACGACGUGCCCGUGCUGUGCUACGUGAGAGGCGCGCACGAUUGUCUGCCAAGCUGACAUGGUGGUGUCACAAGCCAUCACGCAUCCUGAACAGCCAAACGAAGCAGUUGGAGAAGGCGUUCCAGGAGUACUACCGCAACCUGGACAUGCUGCGUGCAUACCGUAACCUCAACAACACAGCCUUUUACAAGAUCAUGAAGAAGCACGACAAGGUCACGGGUCUCACCAUGUCGCCAACAGUGCUGGCCAAGGUGAGCGCUGCGCCGUUCAUGACAUCGGACCUGGAGAAGGAGAUCAGGCGCAUCGAGCAGGUGUUCACGGAGCGGCUGGAGCACGGCGACCGGCGGCGUGCAAUGCAGAAGCUGCGCGUGCCCGUGGACGCGUUUCAGCCCUUUGACUGGACGACGUUUGGGCUGGGGCUGUGGGCCAUGUUCUUCUUCUUCUGCAUGGGCAUCAUCCUUGUGGUUGCGCUGCGCAGCCGCGUGGCAGACUACCCGGACCACCGCGUCAUGUUUGCCAUGUACCGCGGCCUGCUGUACCCGUUGAUCAUGCUGGCCUUUGUUGCCAUCAACAUGUACACGUGGCGCAAGUUCCACGUGAACUACGUGCUCAUCUUCGGGCUCGACCACCGGCGCCACACCAACUACAUCAAGAUGCUUGGCACGGCGGGCCUGCUGAUGGCUGUGUGGAGCGUGAGCGUGUUCGCGUACCUGUUUCAAGACGAGCUUGGCACCACUGUUCGCCCAUGGAGCGCGGUCGCUCUACUGUGCGUGCUGGUUGCGUACUGGGCGAAGCCGUGGGGCAGCAUGCGACGUGCACGAUAUUGGCUCGCACGCGUCGUCGGGCGCAUGGUGGCUGCUCCCUUCUUCGAUGUGCGCUUUGAGGACUUCUGGCUGGCAGAUCAGUUCAACUCACUCGUGGUCAUCCUACUCGACCUCCAGUUCACCAUCUGCUACGUCUCAAAGAGCCGCUUUGGCCCAAUGGCUCACGAUGGUCACCAUUGCCGCUCGUCUGAGAAUGUUCUCCGCGCUGUGAUUGCCGCGCUUCCUGCGUGGUGGCGCCUGAUGCAGUGCCUUCGCCGCUUCCGCGACACGCGCAAGUACCAUCACAUCCACAACGCUCUCAAGUAUAGUUCGUCCGUUGUCGUCGUUAUCUUCAGCACUCUGGCGGGCGUGGCCAAGGACAACGGGCAGCUGGUUGGAGAGUCCCCCACAGGCACAGCGCUUUUCGUCAUGUGGAUCCUCGCAUGCCUCGUCAACACAUCCUACUCUGCUUUCUGGGAUUUGAAGCAUGAUUGGGGCUUGUUUGCGAAGAACGCCAAGCACAUGUGGCUUCGCCGCGACAUGCUGUACCCGGUGCCCAUCUACUACCUGGCGAUGGUGAACGACGUUGUGUUUCGGCUGUCGUGGACGCUGAGCAUCAGCGUGGGGUACUUUGACCUGUUUUUCAGCGACGGGCUGGUGGCGCUGCUCUCGUUUUUCGAGAUGUGGCGGCGGUUUGUGUGGAACUUCUUCCGCGUUGAGAACGAGCAUGUGAACAACUGUGGCGAGUUCCGUGCUGUGCGCCACAUUCCGCUGCCGUUCGAGUACGUGCCGGCGGAGACGGAGUGGGAGCUGUUGCGCGGGCAUGACGGGUCGCAGCGGCGCCCGCCAUUCGCCCACGAUAGCAGCGUCAACGAUGCGUUUGGCGGGGGACGGCCCAUGUCCCUGAGUGUUGGCAGCGCCGCGCAACACGCCCGAUCACACGCCUCGCUGUCAGGAUACCUUGCAUCUCCACAGCACACACGCGACGACGAUGGUGAUGUCAUGAGGGCCUACGACACCACCGCUCGUCAGGACGUCACCGUUUAUCGUUCCGACACCCCUGGCUCCUUGUAUGCGCCUCCAGGCGGGCUGGAUGGCGCAGCUUUCCGCUUGCGGUCCAUGACCUUCUCUCACCCUCUUGAUUCAACGCUGGAUGGCUUGUACGCCGCUAAUGAUGCUGCUGGUGGUGAUGUUGACGAUGAUGAUGAUGAUGAUGACCCGUCCCGGCCUUUGCUUGGAGCCUCAUCCAUCAACAGGAACGAGAGCAGCACCGUGCAUGGCGAUUACCGCUCCUUCUCGCCCACCUACUCCCCGCUCAGCUCGUCUGAUGACUGACGACGAGCGCCAAGAUGGCGCCUGUGCGCCCGUGGGCUUGGUGACUGCGGAGAGAACAUCACACAUGCGCCACUACGAGGAGGGAGUUGAGAGCACAUGUAAGUCUGUCUGCCUGCCUGCCUGUCUGUCUGUCUGUCUGUCUGUCUGUCUGUCUGUCUGUCUGUCUGUGCCUGUGUGUGCGCGCGCGCAUCUGUGUGUGUGUGUGUGUGUGUGUGUG